UGUAAACACGCCGCCCACCGGGCUUUGUUUCACACACACGCACGCACACGCAGUCCGCUGGUAUCCCUCUUUUCUCCAGUCAUGCUAUGGAUAUUUUGUGGCAAUACCAGUUCAGAAUCAUCUUGCUCGGGGAUUCCACGGUGGGGAAGUCGUCGCUGCUGAAACGCUUCACGGACGGAAUCUACAGCGAUGUGGCGGACCCGACGGUCGGGGUGGAUUUCUAUGCCCGCUCGCUCGACAUCGAACCCGGGGUGAAGAUAAAGCUGCAGCUCUGGGACACGGCCGGUCAGGAACGAUUCAGGUCCAUCACAACAUCCUACUACCGUAACUCCGUGGGCGGGCUCCUCGUCUUCGACCUCACCAUUCGCAAGACCUUUGACCACGUGAGGGAGUGGCACAAGGAGGUGAGUGAGCACAUCCUGCCCCACCACAUGGUCUACAUCCUCAUCGGCCACAAGAGCGACCUCAACAAGGACCGCGCGGUGAGCCGCGACGAGGCGGAGGAUCUGGCGGCCGAGCUGGGCAUCCGCUACGUGGAGACGUCGGCCAAGUGCAACGUCAACGUGGACCGGACCUUCGAGCUGCUGACGAAGGACAUCUACGAGCUGAUGAAGAUGGGAGAGAUCGUGACCCGCGACGGCUGGGACGGGGUCAAGAGCGGCCUCUCGGCGAAGGUCCUCUACCCGGCCGCCGAGGACGAGGAGCUGGCGACCGCCGUCCCCGAAAGGGGCUGCCACUGCUGACUGUGAACGCUCUGUGUGUCCAAACACUGUCCCGUCACACCAAGAGUUCACCCCGUCUCACAGCCGUCCAUCGAAACCAAGUCACCCAGGCUCAGCACCCACGUGAUCUCACCACCCAUCACUUCCUCACCUUGUGCGUCGUGCCCUCCCCGUACGUGGGUUCUUCUCACAACCGGGGUUCUUUUCUAAUCAGGGGGGGGCAUUGUAUACCCAAAUGUGUAAUCUUAACAGGCACGUUUUUCUUUCUUUUUUCCUCUUAAGCCAUGCGGUGCAGCAUGAGCUGAGCUGUUUUGGGCCAUGUUGGGUUCGGGUGACACACGCGUGUGCAGAGGGGAUCAGAUCAUAGUUCUUAGAGAUUUGCCAAUACUGCUUUUCACAGCCCUGGAGCCAGUGGACUGCUGAUUAUACAGAGGACACGGGUACAUUUCACAGAGCACUGUUGUGGUUUUCUAUCCGUCCAAGUUUGUGCGAUGCUUUGUCUGCAAUCAUUUGUGACUGUACUAUUGUAAAUAAUAGUGAACUCUAUAAAGAUGAAAGCUAUUUGAUUGAUAGUGUGAAUGGAGACAUGUGCACUCUUCAAUAAGUGUCACCAUAUUUUAUCAGUGUGCUCCUCCUGCUACUGUAAGCUGUAUGUGCACGAAGGCCAAACUGACUUAAACAUGUCUGUGAAUAGAUGAAUAAUGCUUCUGUCAAAAAAAUAAAAAUAGAUUAAGAUGUGGAUAUAAAGACCGGCCAUUGUAAUUUAGAGUAGGUGGCUUCUAUAUCAUAGCAUCGACAGGAGGAAGACAUCAAGUGUUUUGUCAUCACAUCUUUAAUGACCUCAUCAACAGCAGGAAAGAUGCACACAAAAAAGAAGAAGGAAGUUUUAACUUCACCCGCGGCUGUUUGUAGCUUAGGGCAAACAGCUGUUUCUUUUGUUUAAAGCUUAAAUUCACAAAAAUAAAAAUAUUAUUCCAGUCAGCCCUGAGCCGAUGACGGAUGCCAACUCAUUCAAUCCAUAUGUGGUUACGUGUGCUGCUUGUGUGGGGCUGUACUUUACUCUGUGAUCCAGAGGCGUCAGAAGGGAAUUUUGGUUUAUGUUUUAUUGAGAGAAGUCAGCCCUAAAAGUACAAAAACUAUGAACAAGCUUAGGGUGUCACGUUACCAUAGCAGCAUACACUGCAAAGACUACUUUACAUUUCUUUUAGCAAUGAUUAUUGCAGCCCUCAAACCCACUGCAUGACAUGAAACCUCAGCACCCUGAUCGGGUUAUGGCAAAUAAACUUUUGCCGUACGUCGUUUCCCCUCUCACUCAUAUUUACUGACUGAGAAAAUGUUUGAUUUGAUCAUUUUUAGGGCCUUUGAAGAAUAUCUUAACAUUUUGUGACGUAGGCAUUCACGCUGUCUUUACAAGAGGUGGAUAAGAAAAUUGAUAUCUGUCUUAUUUUUGUGCGUUAAGCCUCAUCAGCCUAGCAUAGCAUCAGGACUGAGGGUUAACAGCCUGAUCUCCUACAGCUCCAGCAGCUCAAGAAUAAACACAUUGUAUUUGUAUCUUGAGUUUUUUUUAUUCUGGACACAAACAGAAAUCUAACUAAGAACGGUCACUCGGUAGAGCGCAUACCUUUGCAUAUCACAAGAUUGGGCAUUGAAUUAUGAACAUGUUGGCAUUAGUUGCAUGCCAAUUGGAUAAAAAUUGACCGCGCUAUGGUAAAAAUAAGAUGUUGACCUUUUCAUGACCUUGACCUUUGACCCGAUCGAUCCCAAAAUCUAAUCAAAUGGUCCACGGAUAAUAACCAAUCAUCCCACCAAAUUUCAUGCGAUUCGGUUUAAUACUUUUUGACUUAUGCGAAUAACACGCAUACAAAUACACGGCGAUCAAAACAUAACCGUCCGCAUUUUCAAUGCGAAGGUAAUAACAGCGUAUGGUGCUGCGUUGACUUCCCGGUGUCAGACACAUGAGUGAGGUUGCCAAGUGCCGAGUGUGGUUUUGUUUGUGCACAAAUUAAACAAACGGGAUACAUCGUGGUAUUUAAAGGUUUUUAUAAAUGUGUUUAAAUCUCUGCUUCCAGCCUUCAGGCUAGUCCCCUUCCUAUGUAUUCCUAUGUACUUAAUGCACAGACAUGAGCCUCGUAUCAAUCAACUUUCUCAAAGACAGCAACUCAGCGUAUUUACUGAAAUGUUUAAAUAAGUCCUUACAGCUAUAAACAUGCUAGUGAGGACUUUGUAUUUUUGUAUUUGAUUUGUCAGUGUUGUUGUGUGUUGUGUAUGCAUGUGUGUUGUAUAUUUACAUAUAUAUUUUGUUUUGUAUUUUACUUGUAUUUUACUUGUAUACUUCUAUAUCUUUCAUCCCUGUUUCUUAUAUUUUGUGUUUUGUUUUUAUUCUUGUGUGUUGCUGCUACUGUCACGACAAAUUUCCCCUUGGGGAUUAAUAAAGUAUAUAUCUAUCUAUCUAUUUCAUUGGAAGGGCGCUAUGCAUCGAAAUCUAACUAAAUGUCAUUUUAACAUCCAAAAUCCCCAUUUGACAACCAGCCUGACUGUGUUUAUUGCUCCAGCCUUUCUCACGUUUUCCUCUCAUCUGAACACGGUUGAAUUGUACAUUAAUUGUUUGAAGUUGUGUGUUAAAACUGUUUUUCCGACAGCAUAACAAACCGUGACCAUCCUGUGUAAUGACCAUGAUAAUGAUGGUGGCCAACCUACAGUCCAGAGCCAGCCUUUCUCUCACUGUCAUCUUAAAGGAGGAGUUCCACAUUUUGGGAAAUACAUUUAUUUGCUUUCUUAGAUGAGAAGAUCGAUAGCACUCUCGUUGAAACAUCUUCGCUGUCCACAACGUGGCUGCAGCCACACAUUUAGUCUCUAGAGAAAGAACAUAUGUGAGGGAAUUUCCCAAAAUGUUGGACUGUGUCUUUAAUGGUGCAUUUUUUAUGUUGUUCACAGAAAUGAUGAUGAAACCAACCUGAUAGGGCUUCUGUACCAGAUGCUACAUAGCACAGAACUGUUCAGCUCUUGAUCCCUAUGGUCACAUUUCACAGCUUUACUGAAUAAAUGUUAUUUAUUUGAUAUUUGAUGUGAUUUUAUUGCUUGGUUACAAAAAUAAAUAGAUGUACAAUUAAUGA